AUGAACAAGGUCAAGGAUAGAAAACUCUCGAAGGAUGAUUCUUCAGCGCAUGGGAUUAAGUGGGAUAUUCCUAUAUGGUACCAACUUAAUGGCAAUCCAGUGCAAUUCGCUUGGCUGAGUAAAGACAAGCCGCUUUAUAUCCGGGCAAAUACUGAAAAUGAUAUUCUGGUGGUGAAUGGAGAUCGACAUGGUUUCUAUCGACAAAAUUAUGAUGAGAAGGGUUGGAAAAAAAUAAUCAAGCAACUUACAGAGAAUCACACGGUACUUGAACAGCGACACUUCGAUUGUCUUAUCGUAAAAGGUUUUGCGACAGUGAGAAUUAUACUGUCAUAG